CUUGUGACACGACACGUGCGGUACGAAACGUGCGCAGCUCUUCCCGCGAAGCCGGCCCAGGAGCGCGCAGAUCCCGCUGCGGAACGCGCUCGCUCGGAACCAAGUGAAGUGGGCAGUGCGGAGAUCCGCGGCGCGUCGCCUCUCGGUACGUUUGUUUGUGCCCUCGGUGUGCGGGGUAUCUGGUGGUGUUGCGUUGUAGGGAAGGAGGAGGGGGGGGCAAGUUCAGUUGCUCGUGCUUCCAGACGCGGGAAGAGGAGCUGUCGCCGGUGCACGAAGAUGAGAUCCGCGAUUAUUAAGGUCCUUCAGGCUCAGCACGUGCGCGUGGGACACACAGCACGGGACACCUCCUGACCUGACCGCGCAGACAUGACGGAUCGCGCCGCCGCCGCCGCCGACCCGGACGUGGACGUGGACGUGGACGUGGAGAGUCUGGAGACGGAGAGCGACGAGCAGGCGGAGAUGAGCGCCGCCGCGCUCCCCGCCGCGGGGGACGAGGAGGAUCAUCCGGGCCAGAGCGCGCUGAGCUCCGGCGACCAGAGGAAGCUGAGCAGGACCCCCAAGUGCGCCCGCUGCCGGAACCACGGCGUCGUGUCCUGCCUCAAGGGACACAAGCGCUUCUGCCGCUGGAGGGACUGCCAGUGCGCCAACUGCCUGCUGGUGGUGGAGCGGCAGCGCGUGAUGGCGGCGCAGGUGGCCCUCCGCAGACAGCAGGCCACGGAGGAUAAAAAAGGCAUCUCAGGAAAACAGAUUUCAGCAGAAAGGAGAACGAUCUUUCAAAGGCAUCUGCGGCCUUCGACCAUGUUGGCAAAAAGUAUUUUAGAGGGAUAUCGACCGGUUCACUCAGACUCCUUUUUGAGUGGAAGCCCAUCUCUGCCUCCUCCUUUGAGUGACCGCAUGAGGAAGAGGAGAGCAUUUGCUGACAAGGAGCUGGAGACCAUCAUGCUGGAGCGAGAGUACAAAGAGAGAGAGAUGAUGGAGUCCAGUCAGUCAGCUAGUGCUUCGCUCUUCCUCCCUAAUACUAUGGUACAUGCGGCAGAGUACAACGCCUAUAAAACGGCCUACUCCGCUGCCCAGGUGGAACCACUGUCCAAAGACCUCUGCAGUUACCUGCCUAACUGUCUGGAUCUGUCAAUGCAGUACUCCGGCACUGGGAAUGUUGAACUCAUCUCCUCCAACGUAAGUGUGGCAACCACCUAUCGGCAGUACCCCCUCUCCCACCGCUUCAUGAUGUGGCCCCGGGCGGGUAACCUCGGCGAUGCCUUGCUCUACCAGCAGUGCCUCCCCAGUGCCACAGCAGUUCAGAACGUGAAGCCAGGCUCCAUGUGGGAUGCCAAAAUGUCAGCGGGCCCAGAGAGCCACUCGGCGAACCAGGAAGUCGCGCCUGCAAAGCUGGAGGCCUUGUGCGCGGCUCCGGAGCUAUGCGGCGUGCCGCAACCUCAGGCUGAGAGUCAGGGGCCGCUCUCCCAGAGCCACAAGGAGCGCUCGGCCUUCUCUGCGCCCAAGAGAAGCUUCGGACAAGCCUUUCCCAACAUGCCGCCCCCUGGGAGCCAGGAGCACGUCCUCGGCACGCUGAGCAAGGACAACGCGAAGCGUGCCAUCAUCAUGAAGCUCAGUUCCUUCCACUCCCUCAUUCAGCAGACUCUGGGUGAGAAAUCGGGCCCCGAGCUGAAGGGGCAGCACUGCAAGGAGCUCCUCGAAGAGGCUGCGAAAACCUGCAAAGGUGACGCUGCCCGACAACUCCAGAACCUCAAAAGUGUGGAACGGUGUCCGAAAGAUUUCAUGUCCAAGCAAACGGGAACGAGGGGCUCUAGUGAGUCGUUGUCUUUUUCUGUGGAAUCCAUCCUGAAGAGACCUUCCCCUUCAGUGAACCGCGCAUCUCAGUAAGGCCACAUCUGUCACCUCCCCGACUGCACUCGGACACAGCUUAAGAAAUCAGUCUUUUCGCCCCCUUACUCCUCAGCAUGUAAUACUUUUAAAGAUUCGCUUUUGCUACCGUCUUCUAGUCGACAGACUCUUUUGCCAUCUGCAGUGUAAAAAUGACCUGUAAAUACAUAGUG